AUGCGCCCAAGAAGCCUCUCCUUGGCUCCCGCGAGCCUACUUGUCUCCCUCUUCCUCCUCCUCCUCCUCCUCCUCCUCUUCGGCCCUGCAGGCGUACGCGCGGCGUGUUAUAACCUCGACGGCAGUGAUGCCACAGACAGUUCAUACCAGCCAUGUAACGCCAGCGCAGAGGUCAGCGCCUGCUGUGCCAACAACAAGGGUGCGUCGUCGGAUAUCUGCAUGUCGUCAGGGUUGUGCUAUGCACAGAUGGAAGGCUACAGAGGGCUCAUCUACAUGAACGGCUGCACCGACAAGACCGGCCUGUCUUCUGACUGUCCUCAUAUCUGCCCCGAUGCAACUUCAAACUGGGAUGGAGGCUCCUCUGUACAAGCAUGGAACGUCCUCCAGUGUGGAAAAGGCGUGUACUGCUGCCGCCCAGACACAGACAUGACGACCAACUGCUGCAGCAACAGCUCGGCCGUCAUCACGACAGACAUCGGGACCCUCCUCCUGGCCACGGCCACCGCGACGGUGGGCAGCGGCACCGCGGCGUCGACAGUCACCAUCACCGCCGUGGCAGGUGGCGCGGCGGCCACCACGUCGAGCUCGAGCACCAACGGCACAUCCGAGGUCGCCAACUGUCCGGCAGACAAGACGGCGGUGGUGGGCGGUGCAGUCGGCGGGGCGCUGGGGGCUGCCCUUAUCGCGUCGCUCGGGGCGUUGGUCUUCUUGCUCCUGCGGCGCAAGAGAGCUUCUGCGCCAUAUGUGCAGCAGGAAUAUUCCACAAACCGCGCCCCUGUGUAUAUGGCGGACCCCUCGAAGCCCCCGUACUCUGGGGAGUUGUAUGUGCAGCCUACGGAACUUCCUGUCAGCCAAAGAACAGAGAUGAUGUGA